AUGACCGCCACCCCCGCGCGAGCUUCAACCCUAUUCGCAAACCUGAACGCAGUGACAGCACGCAUCGCCAAUGCCUCAUCUCAGAGCGCCGCAAAGAAGACCGUCCGUUUAAUCGCCGUCUCAAAAUUAAAGCCCGCCUCAGACGCCCUAGCCCUCCACACCUCCCCCGCCGCCCACACCCACUUCGGCGAGAACUACCUCCAAGAACUCCUCGAAAAGUCCCGGCUGCUGCCGAGGUCAAUUAAAUGGCACUUUAUCGGCGGACUGCAGUCAAAUAAAUGCGUCACGCUGGCGCGGGAUGUACGCGGCCUUUGGGCCGUUGAGAGCGUGGAUUCGGAGAAGAAGGCUUCGUUGUUGGAUCGGGGCUGGGGGGAACGCUCCGAGGAGGAGAUUUCCGCCAGCAAGGCGCGAGCAGAUGAGGACGCCGAGGUUGAAGCUGGUGAUGCACGACUUCGCAUUUACGUGCAAGUCAACACAUCCGGAGAGGAAAACAAGUCUGGCAUCGCGCCGGAGCAAGCGCCCGUGCUGGCUCGAUAUAUUCGGGAAAAGUGUCCCCGACUCAAGCUUCAGGGUGUUAUGACUAUCGGGGCGAUUGCGCGGUCUCGGGCUACGACUGCUGAGAAUGAGAACGAGGACUUUGUGGCUUUGCGCGAGGCGAGGGAUCGGAUUGUGACUGAAUUGGGUCUUGAAGGGGAGGAUGCUAAGUUGGAACUUAGUAUGGGGAUGAGUUCGGAUUUCGAAGGGGCGAUUGCCCUGGGCAGCGAUCAGGUCAGAGUGGGAACCACCAUUUUUGGGGAUCGGCCGCCUAAGAAUGAGGCGAAGGUUGUUUGA